AUGUCCAUCUUCGCUCACAUUAAGAAAAGCCGCCAGCAGGCCAAAGAACAUAAUGCCAAGCUGGUCGAGCAGAAGAAAAAGGAAUCAGAUCAAGUUCCAUAUAAACAUGUUCCUACUCAUGCGGCAACCGAUGCAUUUGCCAGCGCGCCGCCGAGCUGGAGAGAGGCGGAUCGUUCUCGAAUCAUUGAACAGAAUCGCAGACGGAGUGCAAUGGCCGCUAGCGGUCACCAUAUGAGUAUGCCUGGUGUACCUCGGGUUGGAAGCAGCCUUUCCCGUGUGUCUUAUCCUGGAGAAGGUGUCGCCGCUACGAUUCGGAUGCCCAGACCAUACAGUUACGCCGGCAUAUCCCCAUUUCCAGGUGUACUUCGUGACAGUCGUGAAAUGGUGUACACCGCGCCAGACAUGACAUAUGUACAUCCAGGGUCACUUAAGGGGAAGGAAGUCCCUCGGGUCUACGACUCCCAGCGCAUCAGCCCAGCGUCGAGUAAAGGUGACCCUUCUCCUGUGGAAAGCUCCAGUGACUCAACAAGUUCUCAAGACGACCUGGAAAUGAAGCCUUCCAAUGCAGCCAGGGCUCGAGCCGGCGAUGGCGCCAAAGCUCAUCGCCUUCAUCCUAGUCGUGCCCGACGGAUAUCAGACGUUUCGGCAAAUCAAUACACGCUGUCCAACAUUGGCAGAGGUAAUACUUCUAACUAUACUCGAGAUUCUCGCCCGCCGCCUUCUAUGAGGGGCUUCGGCUCAAUUCCCACCGUCCCAGUCAUGCCUCCGAUGAACAUUGGAGUUCUACCCGGAACUAUUGCUGCCCAUGGGUAUAACGGCACAUCGCCCUCAAACACGCUUACUCCUACAUCACGGCGGAGCUCAUCCACAUCGCUGCCUGGCCUUUCCGGUGUGCCAACGCGGCAGACAGCUUCAGCUUCUUUGGCGCCCGCAGUAUCGAGUGCUCACAAGUCUGAAUACCCUCUGAAUCGGCUAUCAAUAUCUAGUUUCGAGUCAGGAGUUCCAACGCCAUCCUCUAGAAUGACCGUGGGUCAAUCCGCUGGAGCUGGUAUUGCCAUGGCAUAUAGCAGCACAUCACAAGCUAGUUCCAAUGGCCGCCACUCCCAAGAUGUGGACAGCAUGCGGCGGGACACCUGGCAAACACAGGCUUUUGUCCCUGACCAUCAUCAGCACAUGGAUCGAAGCCGCCCUCCUUCAACUCUGGCUCAUGGAGACCUCGUGAAUGUGUUCCCUGAGCAGGCAGGACUUGAAGCAGCACCAUCAAAGGGUGGAAAGAGCAAGAAACUGUCCAAGACAGGUGGAGGGAAGCUUUUCAAGAAGAAUCGAUGGUCCAGUUCGAAGGUAUCAGUUGUUGCAGUCUAG